GGCGGGGAGUUGUGUCAGUGAAGCUGAGAGAGGUGGGGAGGAGAAAACAACCACCAGCCCUCGGCAGCACUUCCCUCGGCGCCUUUUGGAGUGAGCGAGAGGCGAGCAGAGCAGAGGAAGAAGCUAACGCCGGAGGGCGAGGAGGAGGAAAGAGGAGAAGGAGAAGAAGAGGCGGCGGCGGCGGCGGCUGUGGGAGGCGAGGCCUGGAGCCCCUAAAAAGUGUAUAUGUGAACAUAAGAAAAUAUAAUCAACAAAUACAGAUUUCUUCUAUCAAAAGCCUACAGGAAAGCCUUCAGGUCUUCUGUAUGCCAUGUUGUGUGAUUGUUGUCCCAUGAGGAAUUUGUCUUCAUGAAGAUUCCUAACAUUGGUAAUGUGAUGAAUAAAUUUGAGAUCCUUGGGGUUGUAGGUGAAGGAGCUUAUGGAGUUGUACUUAAGUGCAGACAUAAGGAAACACAUGAAAUUGUGGCCAUUAAGAAAUUCAAAGACAGUGAAGAAAAUGAAGAGGUCAAAGAAACUACUUUACGAGAACUUAAAAUGCUCCGUACUUUGAAACAGGAGAACAUAGUGGAGCUAAAAGAAGCAUUCAGAAGGAGAGGGAAACUAUAUUUGGUGUUUGAGUAUGUAGAAAAAAAUAUGCUUGAACUGCUGGAAGAAAUGCCAAAUGGAGUCCCACCUGAAAAAGUAAAAAGUUAUAUAUACCAGCUAAUUAAAGCAAUUCAUUGGUGUCAUAAGAAUGAUAUUGUUCAUAGAGAUAUCAAGCCAGAGAAUCUCUUAAUAAGCCACAAUGAUAUAUUGAAAUUGUGUGACUUUGGUUUUGCACGGAAUUUGUCAGAAGGAAGCAAUGCUAAUUACACUGAAUAUGUGGCCACCAGGUGGUAUCGUUCUCCUGAACUUUUGCUUGGAGCCCCCUAUGGAAAGUCUGUGGAUAUGUGGUCUGUAGGCUGUAUUCUUGGAGAACUGAGUGAUGGACAGCCAUUGUUUCCUGGAGAAAGUGAAAUUGACCAACUUUUUACAAUCCAGAAGGUGCUAGGACCACUUCCUGCAGAGCAAAUGAAGCUUUUCUACAGCAAUCCGCGUUUCCAUGGGUUACGGUUCCCAGCAGUCAACCAUCCACAAUCUUUGGAAAGGAGAUAUUUGGGAAUUUUAAGUGGUGUUAUACUUGACCUUAUGAAGAACUUGCUGAAACUGGAUCCAGCUGAUCGAUACUUGACCGAGCAGUGUCUGAACCACCCAGCAUUCCAAACUCAGAGGCUCUUGGAUCGGUCACCCUCCAGGUCAACUAAAAGAAAACCUUAUCAUGGAGAUAGCAACACCUUAUCCAACAGAAAUCAAGCUAGCAAAGGCAGUGCUGUGCAGUCCCAUCAUAGAUCCAACAGCAAAGAUAUAGGACUGCAAAGAGAAGAGGCUCUUCCAACAACUGAAAGCUUUCUAAAUGGAAAUCUUCCUGUAACUUCACAUAGUCCUAUGCUUUCCAAAAAGUCAAGCAAUCCUCCUGGAUCUGGAAGCAAGGAUUUAGCAAAUAAUAACGUACCACAUCUUUUGAGUCCAAAAGAAGCAAAGUCAAAAAAUGAAUUUGACUUUAGUUCGGAUACCAAGGGUUCAGAUGGUCCAGGUACAAAAUAUCUGAAGUCAAAUUCCAGAUCUCAACAUAAUCGUCAUUCAUUUAUGGAAAGUUCCCAAAGCAAAACUGGUACACUGCAGCCAGGUGAAAGACACAGUCGUCACAGCUAUAUUGAUACUAUUCCUCAGUCUUCAAAAAGUCCCUCGUAUCGAACCAAAUCAAAAAGUCACGGGGCUCUGACGGAUUCCAAAUCUGUGGGUAACCUAUCUGAGGCUAGAGUUCAAGUUGCAGAGCAAAACAACAGUAGAUACUUCCCAUCUAGCUGCGUGGACUUGAACUCUCCUACCACACCAACACCACCUCGCCAUGCUGACAGCAGAACUUUGCUCAGUCCUUCUGGGAGAAAUAACAGAAGUGACGGUACACUUGAAUCCCGAAGGACAUCUACAAGACAUUCCAAAACCAUGGAGGAGUUGAAAAUGCCAGAUCAUAUGGAUGGAAGCCAUUCACACUCUUUAUCUGCUCCCCAUGAAUCUUUUUCUUAUGGCCUAGGUUACACAAGUCCCUUUUCUUCUCAACAGCGCCCUCAUAGACAUUCUAUGUAUGUGAGCCGGGACAGAGUGAGGACAAAGGGCUCAGAGGGUGGCUUAAGCGUAGGGCAAGGGAUGGCAGCCAGAGCAAACAGCCUGCAACUGUUAUCUCCACAGGUGCAGCAUAAGUCACUUACAAGGUCUGGUGGCUCUUCACGUGAAGACUGUACAGAAGAUACAAACAGGGGUGGAGCUUACCAUGAUCAGCAUCCAGAUGAUGGAACAUCCACAAAAGAAAAUAGAAUUCUGUAUAAUGAUUCGGUACCUAGAAGAGUCGGUAGCUUUUACAGAGUCCCAUCUCCGCGCCCAGAAGGAACAUUCCUAGAUAAUAGUGCCUCAAACAGAAUACCAUCACUACAGACAGAAAACAGUAGUGUAACAAGCCACUCAAAGAGACAAACUGCUUUUGAUCCCUGGAAAAGUCCUGAAAAUGUUCAUUCAGAACAAAUGAAGGAAAAGGAAAAGCAAGGAUUUUUCAGGUCAAUGAAAAAGAAAAAAAAGAAAUCUCAAUCUACAGAAUUCAUCAAGGCGGAGAAUCCAAGCAUCAAGAAAUCUCUCUUUCCUCUAUUUAAUUCAAAGAGUCACUUAAAGCAUAGCUCUUCUUUGAAAAAGAUUCCUGUGGUCACUCUCCCUAUGAUGCCUGGAAGUGACAAUCAGGAUCUUUUGUCACUACAGAAAGCUAUUCAUUCAUCUAAUCACCCAUCCAACAGACAGAAGGAUUGGCAUUCUGAGAAGAUGGCAGAAAUCCAAAGUCAUAGCCAGCCUUUAAAGUCUCUUCGCAAGCUGUUACACCUUUCCUCUUCCUCAAAUCAUUCAAUUCCUUCUGACCCCAGAUUCCAGCCCCUACAGAGCCAGCCAGCUAAGACUUCUUUUUCUGAAGUCCGAAUUCAUCCUAUAAGUCAAGCUUCUGGCACUAGCAGUAGCAGCAACAUGCGACAAGAGUCCCAGUCAAAAGGCAGAACGAGUCUCCAGAUCCCGAGCCAGAUGGAUCCCAGUUGGCAUGUUUCCCCAGUGAACAGGAGUGCCAGCGAUGGGCCUUCAUACCCUGAUCAAAUGCCUUCAAAGAGUGGGCAGAAUGGGCAUACUUAUAACCGAACAAACCGAUCUCGAAUGCCAAACCUGAAUGAUUUAAAAGAGACUGCUUUGUAAUAAUACUCCGGGGAAUGCUGUUGUAGGGAUUUACCUAGGGGUAUAGCGGUGCUGGUGAUUGUGGUGGAGACUGAAUUCUCAGCAGUAUAAAAGGUGUGCAAUAUAUGGAAUAUAUGGAGCUGUCAUUCAGUUCCACUUCAGUAGAGAUCUUACAGUGAAAUGAACUUUAUUAAUUGCCAUUCAUCUAAACUCAUGACAGAAGAAUGUGCACUUCAGGGAGAAUGAACUGUGUGCCCUUUUCUCUCAUUUACAUUCCAGCCUAGUGCACAUCUGUCUCAAAGCUGUAUAGGCACUUUGGGAAGUUAAAAGAGAUGUCUUACGCCCUUAUGAAAAACUUUUUUGCUGCCUAGAUUUUAAAAAGAAAAAAAUUAAAUAGCGUUUAUGUGAUACACUGGUAUUCCUAAUAAGGGUUUAAAGUUCAGUUGUAUGUCUUCAUUUUUUUAUCUUCCAUAUUUGAUAGGAUUUGUAAUCUUUAUUUAUGAUUUAUUAUUGUAUUGUUAUAAUCAUAUCUUAUGUUACUAUGUAAAGUUAUUUUGAGCUGUUUGAAACAUUGUGAUGCGGUGCAGCAGCUAUAGUAGUUUCUAUUAAAACUAACUAACCUAUAUUGCAUCAGGAGCAUUUUUAUUUUAUAUAUAUAAAUAUAUAAAAUAAAAUAAUAUAUAUAAAAUAUAUAGUAAAUAACUGUCUUUUUAAAAAUAUACUCAUUUAAAAUAAAAGUAUUGUUAUGACACUCUCUGCCAUAUUUUUAUACAUUUGUGAUAUAAAGUGCAGUAUUAUACUUCUAAUUUAAAGGGAGCAGAAUGUGAACUGAAAUACGACCAUAAUGAUACGAAUUUUUUUCCAUUAUAUAAAGUGACAUAGGGUUGUAUCCAGUAAUGUCCCUCCACUGCUGACAGGUUCUAGGAUCCAUUCAAGACUUCUAUUUAUAUAAUGGGGGUGAAGGUUAUUUUUGCUGCUUCCCAUUCUCCUCUGAAACCUGUCUCCUUUUCUAUCUGACUCAUGUAGACUCUGGUCAGCCUACACAACCUGCAACCCUCCAGGUCUUUGGCACUUCAACUCCCAUAAGCCCUAGUCAGCUUGUCCAGUGGCCAGGAAUUCUGGGAGCUGAAGUCCACAACACCUGGAGGGCCGCAGUUGUGCAGGCCUGCUCUUUGGAGGUGACAUGGAGAACUGUGUGGGUAAGGGAAUGCAGGUGAAAAUCAUCCCCUUCCCUGUUUCAAUGAAAGAGCCUUACAUCAGUUGAAGGACAUAAUUGGAUACCCUAUUGGUAACAAAAUACAACAGUGAACCUAAGACUUUAUUAUUGGCCUUUCCCCCCACUGGAGGUCAUAGCUUAAAUGUAUCAAGCUAUGUAACCACGAAGUCUUAUAAAAUGUGGGUAUUUUCCCCCCUAAGUCUGUGCUUACCUUUCCCCAUUGUGUUGAUGGAAGAUAAAUAUCUGUGUUAUGAUGACAUAAGAAUCCCACUCUCUCCAUCUGGGAAAAAACAACCCGCGGUGAGCAGAUGACCUUCCAUUCAAUACAUGGUGUGAAGACCAAAGAGCCACAGCAUGAGAUGCAAGUGGCAAGCCAAAGUUGGCAUGACGCAGCACUGUAAAUCAUGGUAUAAGGUUUUAAGCCUAUGUAUAUUCUUUGCACUUUGUUUGAAAUUGUACUACACAGACAGUAAAAUAUUGUAUUUAAAUGUAA